AUGGCAGACAAAUCAGCGGAUAAGGACAAGUCUAAGGUCCACAAGCUUUCGUUGAAGGGCAGCGCGAAAUUGGUCACAGAAUUCUUCCAAUACUCAAUCCACACAAUUCUCUUUCAACGAGGAGUAUACCCGGCCGAAGACUUCACCACCGUCAAAAAAUAUGGUCUCAACAUGCUGGUCUCGUCCGACGAUCAGGUCAAAGCCUACAUCAAGAAGAUCAUGAGCCAGCUGGACAAGUGGAUGCAGCACAGCAAGAUCAGCAAGCUGGUCAUAGUGAUCACAGACAAGGACACGGGUGAACAUAUCGAGAGGUGGCAGUUCGAUGUGCAAAUCUUCAAUACAAAGAAGUCCAAGUCCAAGUCCAACCCCGCUGACGAGAACGCCAUAUCAACGUCCGCAUCGAAAGCAGCGACGACUGAGACACCCAAAACCGAAGCAGAGAUCCAAGCCGAGAUUGCUGCACUUUUCCGCCAAAUCACAGCCUCGGUGACGUUCCUACCCCAAUUACAAGGAGACUGCACGUUUAAUGUCCUGGUGUACGCGGAUGCAGACAGCGAUGUACCGGUCGAAUGGGGCGACUCCGAUGCCAAGGAGAUCGUCAAUGGCGAGCGGGUGCAGCUGCGUGGCUUCAGCACCAGCAGUCAUCGUGUGGAGACGCUAGUUAGCUAUCGGUUGGGGGAAUGA